UGUGUGUAAGACGAGUCGGGUGAGAGUCUCACGGCGAUUAACACAAAUGACAAAGUAAGUAAGACUUUGCAAAUUAAUGGGCUCCUUGCAAAUUCACCAUGUGCAGAAAGUUUCACUGCUUCAGAUAACAAUAGUGAAUAUCAGACUUAAAUCGGAGUAGGAUUCAAAGUCAAGUAGUCUCAUUGGGACUACUUUUCUCGACUUUGAAUUGAAAUCCGCUUUCAUUAUCAGUCAUAAGUUAGCCUCAUUCUCAGCUAGAGUUAUAAAAAGUCAGUCUUUUCGAAUAAAUUGAAAUUUGCGUAGUAUAAUAUGAAGUGUUUUGGAGUGUUCUUAUUUUUGGGGAAAGAGUCAAAAUGGCAGAUAUUAUGGAGACAUUCGCAUUGCAUUUCUGCCAUCAUUCUUCUCCUCCUUGUUGGAUUGAUAGGAGGAGGAGAUGCGCAUAUUCACCGGCCUAGACCCCGUUCUCAGAUGUUGGAUAAUUCGGCUGAAGAUUGGAUGCACUCUUUUAAACCGAAUCCCAAGGAGAGAGCUGGAUCUGUAAAAUCUGAAGACUCCACCUUUUGGUACAACCAUGCUCAGAAUUCCCUGCGUUCCCAAAAAGUGAAUAUGAUUGAAAGAGUUGCAAAGAAUGUCAUCUUCUUUUUGGGCGAUGGAAUGAGUUUCGCUACGAUUACUGCUGCACGAAUUUUCAAAGGUCAACUCGAAGGCUCCCCGUUUGGAGAAGAGGCAGAACUUAAUUUUGAGCAUUUUCCACAUAUUGGGCUAUCUAAAUCGUUCUGCGUCGAUUCUCAAGUUGCUGAUUCAGCCUGCAGCAGCACUGCCUACAUGGGUGGGACGAAAGGAAAUAUAGCUACGGUUGGUGUCAAAUCACCAGUGACUUUUAGAGACUGCCGUUCUCAAAUGAAUCGGACCAAUCAAGCUACAAGUUUCAUAGCAUGGGCCCAGGCUGCAGGAAAGGCGACUGGAAUUAUAACAACGACACGAGUGACACAUGCCUCACCAGCCGGAGCUUAUGCACAUUCGGCUGAUAGAGAUUGGGAAAACGACAAGAUUAUGAGAGAUGCUGGAGAAAAUCCUGAUAAAUGCGACGAUAUAGCGGAACAACUUAUUUUUGGUGAAACUGGACGAAAUAUUAAUGUGAUAAUGGGCGGUGGGAGGCGAGAACUAACGCCUUCUUCCGUUAUGGACGUGGAAAAUCAAAGACCUGGACGGAGAGAGGAUGGAAAAAACCUGAUAGAAUAUUGGUUGAAGGGUAAACCGCCAAAAUCUUCGAAAUAUGUCUGGAAUCGUGAUCAACUCAUGAGCAUCAAUGCAAGUCAAGUGGAUAACGUUCUGGGGCUUUUUGCACAUGACCACAUGGAUUACGUCACCGAUGCGGAUGCUAAUGCGGAUCCCUCACUGCCGGAGAUGACAAAGGUGGCGAUUGACAUACUGAGCAAAAACCCGAAUGGAUUUGUCUUAUUUGUUGAAGGAGGGAGAAUCGACCACGCCCAUCACAGCACAAAAGCACAAAAAGCCCUUGUGGAAACCAUAGCUCUUGAUGCCGCUGUAGCAGCUGCACUGGAAAUGACUUCGGAGCAAGACACAUUAACAAUCGUAACAGCGGACCAUAGUCACGUGAUGACAAUUUCUGGAUAUGCCCAGCGGGGUAAUCCGAUCCUAGGAUUUUCAGGCAUCUCGGACGUUGACGAUCUUCCUUACACGACACUGAGUUAUGCCAACGGACCAGGAUACAAACAUCCGGAUGAGAACGGAGAAAGAUAUGAUCUCACGAAUGAUAAUUUGGAGGAUCCGAACUAUUCGCAAAUGAGUGGGGUACCUCUUCUCAGCGAGACUCACGGCGGCGAAGAUGUUCCAAUAUACAGCAAUGGUCCUUUUGCCCACAUGUUGACCGGAGUUAAGCAUCAAUCCUUCAUCCCCCACGCAAUCGCGUAUGCGGCAUGUUUACAACCUCCCGUCGAUGGGUUUGCUUUCCCUCCGCAUUGCAGGACUAGUAGUAUUGGACCUCUACAUCGGUGAAAGCCAGUGCUUUUUAUAGUAGUUUUUUUGUCGAAUUAUUGUGACACGACUUGAAAGUGAAUAAAAGUAUUUAGAUAUGAGGAAUUGCUUACACGAAUUUGAAGGCAAAUACCUUUGUUUUCGUAAAUUUUUUUGUAUAUGGACCUAACAGAAUUUUCGAAGCACUCAAUAAAAAGAAUUUAUCAUUUUUCUUAUUAAUAA